CUGGUGUUUCCCAGUGUACUGAAAUAAGAAAACAUGAAGUUCUCUCUGGUCUUUUUGGUGAUAGUGGAUAUUUUAGUGACAGUACAUUCCCUGGGAGAGUCGUGCACAUCCUCCGCGGACUGUGGAGACACAGAAUGCUGUGUUGCAGAAGACAGGCGCAUGCGCCGAUUCAUUUUCGGGGCAUCCAAAGGCACUUGCCAUGCACGCCGAUACCAAGGGCAGACUUGCCACGUGUUUCUUGUCCACGAUUUUGGUAAUCCGAAUAUGUUUAUGAACUAUUGUCCGUGUGAGGAGGGGCUGACAUGCCGCGGGGAGACGGUGGAGGUCCACGGCGGUCAGCACGUGCAUCACAAUCCCAAAUGUAUACCCUCAGCGGAAGUCUCCACUACGCAGGCUCCAAAUCCAACUUCUCCCCAAGUCACAAUGAUUUUUUGAUUUAUGAUGUACAUGUACAUGUGUAUCUAGUUUUAGGUUUAACCUGGUUUUGAAUAUUGUCAUUAACAUCAAUA